CCCCCAUCGGGAUGGAGUCCCACCGUAUCGAGGACAACCAGAUCCGGGCCUCGUCCAUGCUGCGGCAUGGCCUGGGGGCACAGCGAGGCAGGCUCAACAUGCAGGCCGGGGCCACCGAGGAUGACUACUAUGACGGGGCAUGGUGCGCUGAGGAUGAUGCUCAGAGACAGUGGAUCGAGGUAGACACCAGAAGGACCACCAAGUUCACAGGCAUCAUCACCCAGGGCCGUGACUCCAGCAUCCAUGAUGACUUCGUGACCUCCUUCUUCGUGGGCUUCAGCAACGACAGCCAGACGUGGACGAUGUUCACCAACGGCUAUGAGGAAAUGACCUUCCAUGGGAACGUGGACAAGGACACGCCCGUGCUGAGCGAGCUCCCGGAGCCAGUGGUGGCCCGCUUCAUCCGCGUCUACCCACUCACCUGGAAUGGCAGCCUGUGCAUGCGCCUGGAGGUGCUAGGGUGUCCCGUGUCUCGUGAGUGCAGGGGGCUGCUGGGCAGCCGGCGGGGG